AUGAAAGUUUUAAUAUUAUAUUUUAUAUUUAGUUGUUUUCAUAUUAUAUGUGUCCUAUUUGUUUAUGCUUCUUUAAAUAUAAAGACACAUAACGUUUUCCCAUUUGAUGUGGUUGAAAACAAUUACCCACAUUUCCUACAAAAUAUAUCAUUUGUUGAAGAAAAUGUAGAAAAUAAAAAUUAUUGUUUCACAAUUUUUAAUAGUAAUAAUAAGACAAAUGAACAAAAGGUGACCAAAAAUAAAACCAAAGAAAGUAUAACAAGAGUUAAUUUGAUAUCACAUAAUUCUGUUCAGGAAAUACAAGAACAACAAAAAUAUGAGAAAAAUAUUCAGGCAAAAAUAAAAAAAAAUGAAAAAGAAAAAAAAAAUAUGAACAAGUCAGGUAAAACAAAGCCAAAUAUUCUUAUUUGGAAAAUAAAAGAAAAUAUGAAUAAAAUUUACAGUUUUUAUUAUUUAAGAAUAUUCUUUGAAAAUAUUAUAAAUUAUAAUAAUAUAUAUUUUGGAAAAUAUAAUGUUUAUCCUUUUAAUAAUGAUACGAUAUUAAUACAAAAUAUAAAUUCAAAAAAUUUAUAUUGUAAUAAUGGGUAUCAUUUUAUAUAUAAAACAAAUAAUAUACAAAAUAUUAUACAAAAUAGUCCAUGUGGUACACACAAAAAUUUUUUUUUAAUUUAUGAAAUAUAUGAAUAUCAGAUACCACAAUAUAUAGAAAAAAUAUAUACUUUUAAUAAUACCUUAAGGAUUUAUAAGAGAAAUAUUCCUUUUAUUAAUACAUAUGAAAUAUAUAUAUCAUCAUGUGAAAAGAAAAAACCAUGCCAUUUAUCAAAUAAAAAUGAAUGCUCUAAUUAUCAUGAAAAAAUAUAUAAUAAUAUACAUAUGAAAUAUAAUAACAUAAAUUUAUAUAAAAAUAGUAAAAGAAGGAAAAAGAAACAAAAAGGAGACAAAGAAUAUGAUCUAUCAGAUAAUAAAAAGGAUAAAAAUAAAGAAAAUUUUUCAUCACAUAAUGAACUAAUAAAUACAAUAACUACCAAAUAUCCAUGUGUAUUUUGUAUGAAAAAGGGUAUAACAUAUGAUAAUAUGAAAUAUAUAAAUGUAAUAUCCAAAUAUGUGAAAUAUAAACUAUUAUAUAAUGAAAAUUAUAAAUAUAAAAAUAAUCAAAGUAGCAUCACUACAUGCUCUUUACCAACAAAGCAUAAGUGUACCUUUUCCAUGUUAUUCAUGUACACAUCAUAUGAAAAAUAUAAUAAUGAAAGUGAAGAAAUUAAUAAUACACAACGAAUAAAAAAUGUAAAUCAAAUGUUAAAGUAUAAUAAAUAUACAAAAAAAUAUAUCAAUAAAAAAGAAAAGAUUCUUUAUAUAUAUGAUCAUUUAAAAAAGGAAGUUAUAAUAUAUUUAAUUAUAUCUUACUCAAAUAAAUACGAAUUUGAUUCUAUAAAUAAAAUAUAUGAUAAGAAUAAUACAAAUGAUGCAUAUGAAAAUUAUAGUAUAAAAAGUGAGCAAGAAUUUGUCCCACACAAAAAAAAAAAGAAAAAAAAAAAAAAAAAAAAAAGAAAGACACAAACAAGUGAAAUUAAAAAUAAUAAUAUGAAAUAUAUGAUUAGUAUGAAUGAUACGAAUUAUAAUAUGAAUAAUAACAAAAAGAAUAACGAGGCAUAUAUAUUUUAUAAUAAUUAUUAUCCAUAUAAUAGAGAAAUAUAUACAAAUAAAUGUCAUAUAAGUGACUUGAACAACUGUUCAGAUAUAUAUGAAACAAAAGAUGGUAUGUGCUAUUAUCAUAAUAUAAAUAACUCUUUUAUGUAUGAAAAAAAUGAUGAAAACUUAGUGUGUCCUAUAAAUGAGAAUUCGGAGAUAAUCCAAGAGAACUUGAAUAAUUUUGAAAUAAUUAAUAGGAGGAUAAAGAACGAAGUAUAUUAUAAAAAUGAUUUUUAUGAAAUGGAUAUAGAAAAUGAAAAAGGAUUAUAUAAAAAAUAUACGAAUAAUAAAAGAAGAUGGGAUAUAUUAUCACCAGUAUAUAUGUAUAUUGAUUUUUUUAUAAAAGUUUUAUAUAAUAUAUAUUUCUCCAUAUUUGUUGGUAUAAAUAGAUACAAAAAUAUUUUAUAUGAAAAGUUUAUAAAGAAAAUACAAAAUAAGAAGAAUGCAUAUAUAUAUGAGAUACAAGAUAAGAUGAAUUCUGAGGUUAUGUUGGCAGAUACAUGUGUAUGUAAUAAUGAUGAUAAUUAUAUGGACGAUGAUAAGUCUAAUACUAAACAUAUUUACAAUAAUAAUAGUAAUAGUAAUAAUAAUAGUAAUAGUAAUAGUAAUAAUAAUGGUGAAUAUUUUUUAGAUUGUAGAAAAAAGUGUAGGGAUGAAAAAAUAAAGAAUAAGUCAGAAAAGAAUGAAAAUAAAAAUGAGAAGAGUUAUUAUUAUUAUUAUAUUAACUACAAUAAUAGUAAUUAUGUUUUUGAAGUAAGUAGUAAUUUAGGAUUACUUGGAGAUGUAUAUAUGAAUGAAGAAAUAGUAUAUCCAUUUUAUCCUAUACCUAAUGAUAUAUUAAUUAAUAAUAUGAAAAAAUAUAUAAAAGAAGGAAAAACGUUUUCUGUAUAUGUUGAUCAAUUAAGACCAGAUAUUUUUAAUUGUAAUAAAUUUAAAAAAAUAAAAUGGGCAUUAAUAUUAUUUUUUAUACCAGCAUGGUUAAUUAUAAAUAUAGUAUAUAUAAUAUUAGUACAGAAGAUGUGGAGACAAAUGUUAAAUCCUUUACAUCGAUUAUUAAUAUCUCCAUCAUUAAUAAGAUUAUCAUUUUAUAUAUUAUUAUUAAUGUUUUGUAUGCAAUGUCCAUAUGUAAAUAAUAAUUGUGUUGAAUAUACACUUAUGGGUUAUAUGGCAUUGAAUACUAUGUUUAGUACGAUUUUUCAUGGUAAUUUACUUUUAAUUAGUAAAGGAUAUAUGAUAACAAGAGGAAACUUUGAUAAAAGAGAAAGUUUAUAUUUAACUUUAAUUAUAAGUAUUAUAUAUAUUAUAACAUCUAUAAACCAAUUGAAUAUAAUUAAUAGUACACCUAUAUUAAUUAGUUUAUAUAUUAUUCUUUUAUUUAUUUUAGUAUAUAAUAUUUUAUCUAUUAUUAAUUUUUUAAAAUUGAAAUUAUCUUUUGUAAGAGAUGUAGGUAUAGAUGCAUGGGAAGAAUCCAUUUGUAUUAAAUUAAAUAUGUAUAAAGUAUAUCUAACAGUAAUCAUCAUAUUUUUUUGUUUUGAAAUAAUAUUACAUUCAUUAAAUAUGCUAUUUAAAUCAUCAUCCGGAAAUUUAACACUUGUUGAAUAUACCAUAGAAUUAGUAAUGUGGUGUUGUGUUUUAUAUAUCUUCAGAUACAGAGGAGAUGUUCUAUAUUUCUCUUUAUUAUAUGAUAAUAUUACAUUCAAUGUUAUUCCAUUAUAUAUAGCAAAAUCAACAAAAAUAAUUGAAUUAAACCUUGAUAUAGACAAGCAGAAUAUAGACAAAGAUUUACUUUUUAAUAUACCAAUAUUUAUUUUAAACCCAAUAGAAAAAAAUGAUCAAUCUUUUCUAUCAAGAAUGUCUGUAGGAUGGCCUAUAAAUAUGACAUUACAACUAGAAAAGGAAUCUAUAUCGAAAUAA